UCCCAAAGUGCUGGGAUUACAGGCAUGAGCCACCACGCCCAGGCUCAUCUCUUUUUAAGAAUCGAAAUCAGACAUCACAUAUGUGCAUGAGUAGAAGUGAAUCAACGCAUUGAAAAAUGCUUAAUGCGAGACUAGCGAACAAUACAGUCAGGAUGGCUAAAGGUGACCCCAAGAAACCAAAGGGCAAGAUGUCUGCUUAUGCCUUCUUUGUGCAGACGUGCAGAGAAGAACAUAAGAAAAACCCAGAGGUCCCUGUCAAUUUUGCAGAAUUUUCCAAGAAGUGCUCUGAGAGGUGGAAGACAAUGUCCGGGAAAGAGAAAUCUAAAUUUGAUGAAAUGGCAAAGGCAGAUAAAGUGUGCUAUGAUCGGGAAAUGAAGGAUUAUGGACCAGCUAAGGGAGGCAAGAAGGAGGAGGAUCCUAAUGCUCCUAAAAGGCCACCGUCUGGAUUCUUCCUGUUCUGUUCAGAAUUCCACCCCAAGAUCAAAUCCACAAACCCCGGCAUCUCUAUUGGAGAUGUGGCAAAAAAGCUGGGUGAGAUGUGGAAUAAUUUAAAUGACAGUGAAAAGCAGCCUUACAUCACUAAGGCAGCAAAGCUGAAGGAGAAGUAUGAGAAGGAUGCUGCUGACUAUAAGUCGAAAGGAAAGUUUGAUGGUGCAAAGGGUCCUGCUAAAGUUGCCUGGAAAAAGGUUGAAGAGGAAGAUGAAGAAGAGGAGGAAGAAGAGAAGAAGGAGGAGGAGGAGGAUGAAUAAAGAAACUAUCUGUCCAAAAAAAAAAAAAGAAAAAUGCUUAAUGCCUAAUAUUUUCUGUGUCAGAAUAUAUUGUAAAAGUUAAAACAGCUAAAUGAAACCUGAAAGUUAAAGUAAUACCACUGCAAUAUUUGAUACUAACCCAGAUUUUUAAAAUGCCUUUUAAAAACCACAAAAGUUU